UCCCCCCUCUGCUGUUAACCUGCGCAGCUCUGAGGCGGAGACGGAAAACACUCCCGCACACUGCGUGUUGGAAAUUAAAUACCGGCCACACUUACACUUUUUUUUGUCGUUGAAGACAUAAUCGAAACUUCUUUGGAAAAUUACUGUAGCGCUAAGAGAGUUCUGAAGUGUCGCUCUGAGUCACACAGUUAGCAUGUUAGCUGGUUUGACGGACGCGUCUUCUUUUAGGUAGCUGACAGCGUUGAAGUUCAUUUUUAGCCUGCUUUUGUGUAUCAGUCACGCAGUUUAUUUGGUUUUUGCUUCUGUCUUUUUUUUUUUUUUUUUGAAUAACGUACAGUUUGGCCUAUGUACAUUUUGUUGUGGUGUGUUUCAGCGGUGAGAUUUGCAGCGCGUAACGUUAAAUGUCAAGACUGGCUCGGCUAGUAAGGGACUAGCUGCCGUCGCGUUUAGCAGCUCGGCUAACGGAGAACUUCAGAUGUUACGAAAGUGGGAAAGACGAACACAUUUGGACUACGACAAACCGACGUUAUGGAUUAAGUCUGGGAUUUGGGGUUAAAGUUGCGCUGGCCAGCAGGUUAACCUUGCUAGCUAGUUUAGCGACAGCAAGCCACCAAAACUCAGGCAUUCAAACACUUUGAGCAGCAGCAGAUGAACAGAGAAAAUGGCCAUGUGGACUGAUCUGUAAAAGGAUAAGCACUGACGCCACAGAGUCCUGCUCAUUUCCCCGAGAAGACCUGCCAGACCCUGGUGUCCAUUACUGCUUUCUCCGAUGAUGAGGACAUUCUGGCAGCUUCCUCUGCUGUCCCAAGUGGACACAGAUUUGGCAUCUCAGCCGGAUCACCUGUUCCUGUGGGUUUGCCCCCUUGGAAUGAAUUACCAUCCAAGGACUGUGGCCCAGCAGCUCAAGAGCCCUUAGUGGACAGGUGCUGAAAGUCCUUGUAAAGGUGGAAGCUGAAUGGUGUGCAUUCUCAAAGGCCAGAUCUGGUGCAUUGCCCAAAUCCCAAAAUACUUUUCUCCAAGAACAGCUAGGCAAUGACAAGACUAUCUGUUCUAAAGGUGAAUGUAGCCCCCUGAUCCACACCCACGUGUGUGUCUGUAACGGACAUGGCUGCUUGCCCCCCAACCCACCAGAAUGGUGACGUUCAUCGGCAAGAAAGAGUGCCAAAGCCACCUGUCACUGCACUGACACUUCAUCUGUACCACAGCAGACGAGGUGAAGAGGACUGCACUCCACUCUGUUACCCACCAGGAGAGUACAUCGCUGAACAGCUGGCCAUCGAAGCAGCCAAGGAGUGUGGGGUGUCACCAGUUUACUUCAGCCUAUUCGGCCUUUAUAGAGAACGUGACAGAGUCUGGUUAUCACCCAACCACCUUCUUCACUUGGAUGAAUCAACUAAAGAGAGUUUGAUCUUCAGAAUUAGGUAUUACUUUCCUGGGUGGUAUAGCUGUGGAGCCUCUCGAGCUUACAGAUGUGGCGUUGCCAAGGGAUCUGAGAGUCCAAUCCUUGAUGAUCAUGUUAUGGCUUAUCUUUUUGCUCAGUGGAGGAGUGACUUUGUGAAUGGCUGGGUGAAGCUGUCUACCAGCCACGAGACCCAAGAAGAGUGCCUUGGUAUGGCUGUCUUAGAUAUGAUGAGGAUAGCCAAAGAAAAGCAGUGCUCUCCGCUUGAUAUUUACAAUGCCAUAAGCUAUAAGUCCUUCCUUCCCAAAGACAUGAGGCUGAAGAUCCAGGACUACCACUUUGUAACGCGGAAGCGGAUCCGCUAUCGCUUCCGUAAGGUAGUGCAACAGUUCAGUCAGUGCCGGGCCACACCACGUGAUCUCAAGCUCAAAUACCUGAUCAACCUAGAGGCACUUGACUCUGGCUUCUACACAGAAUGCUUCCAGGUCAAAGAGGCCUCAGCAGGACAGGUCACCAUAAUCGUCUCUGCCGAUCAAGGCAUUCAGUGGUGCCGUGAAAAGCAAAAGGACACCCAGUUAGAGGACCUGCAGCCGUAUUGUGAUUUCCCUCAUGUGGUUGAUAUCAGUAUCAGACAAGCCACCAAAGAGGGAGCCCACAAGAGCCGGGUCGUCUCCAUCAACAAGCAGGAUGGCAAAACUCUGGAGCUGGAGUUCUCCUCUCUAGCCGAGGCUCUGUCCUUCGUGUCUUUGAUAGAUGGCUACUACAGGUUGACCACCGAUGCACAUCACUACCUCUGUAAAGAUGUUGCACCACCUCGAUUACUCGAGGCUAUCGAAAACUACUGCCAUGGGCCAAUAUCAAUGGAGUUUGCUAUCUGUAAACUGCGCAAGGCUGGAAACCAGCGAGGUCUUUUUGUGCUACGCUGCAGCCCCAAAGAUUAUAACAAAUACUUCCUGACAUUUGCUAUCGGGAUGGGUACUGAAGUGGAAUACAAGCAUUGCCUGAUCAGUAGGUCAGACGGUGGCGAUUAUGUUCUGAGUGGGACUAAGAGGACAUUCAGAAGCAUGCAUGAGCUGCUCAAGUGUUACCAAGUAGAGACCGUCAGAUCAGAUGGCAUUGCCUUUCAGUUCAGCAAAUGCUGCCCUCCCAAGGCCAAAGAAAAGUCAAAUCUUCUGGUUUGUCGGAGUAACAAAGGCUCAGAGGUUCUCCGCUCACCCUCGCUGCAGAGACAGAACAUCAGUCAGAUGGUUUUCCACAAAAUUCGGAAAGAGGACCUGGAGUUUGGAGAGAACCAAGGCCAGGGUACUUUUACGAAGAUCUUUAAGGGGGUUCGGAAAGAGAUGGGAGACUAUGGAGAAAUGCACCAGACAGACGUCAUCAUUAAAGUCCUCGAUAAAGCGCACAGAAGAUAUUCAGAGUCCUUUUUUGAGGCAGCCAGUAUGAUGAGCCAGCUCUCCCACAAGCAUCUGACAUUCACCUAUGGCAUCUGUGUGUGUGGCGAGGAGAACAUAAUGGUGCAGGAAUAUGUGAAGUUUGGUUCCUUGGACAUCUACUUGAAGAAAAACAAGAACAGUAUCAGUAUUCUCUGGAAGCUAGAAGUGGCUAAGCAGCUUGCGUGGGCUAUGCACUUUCUGGAGGAGAAGAACCUAGCUCAUGGGAAUGUAUGUGCCAAAAAUGUCCUUCUAAUCCGCGAGGAGGACAGGAAGACGGGCAACCCUCCCUUUAUCAAACUCAGCGACCCAGGCAUCAGCAUCACAGUGCUGCCCAGAGAGAUUUUACUGGAGAGAAUCCCAUGGGUUGCUCCUGAAUGUAUCGUGGACCCCAAGAAUGUAAGCCUUGCUACAGAUAAGUGGAGCUUUGGCACGACACUCUGGGAGAUUUGCAGCGGAGGCGAGAAGCCACUUGCCAACAUGGAUAACUCCAAGAAACACUUGUUCUAUGAAAAGCACCAUCAGCUGCCUGUCCCCAAGUGGACUGAACUGGCCAACCUGAUUAACAGCUGCAUGGACUAUGAGCCAGCAUUCAGGUCAUCCUUCAGAGCAAUUAUCCGUGACCUCAACACACUCUCUUGCCCAGACUAUGAAACGGUGAUGAUGGAGAGUGACUUGGUGCCCAUUAGAACCGGAGGCCUUGUGCUCGUCACAGGAACGUUUGAGGACCAGGAGCCAGUGCAGUUUGAGGAAAGGCAUCUGAUUUUCCUACAGCAACUUGGCAAGGGGAACUUUGGCAGUGUAGAGAUGUGCCGAUAUGACCCCCUGCAGGACGGUACAGGCGAGGUGGUGGCAGUGAAAAAGCUCCAACACAGCACAACUGAACACAUGCGCGACUUUGAGAGGGAGAUUGAGAUCCUUAAGUCUCUCCAACAUGAGAACAUUGUGAAGUACAAAGGAGUGUGCUAUGGUGCAGGCCGUCGAAACCUUCGGCUUGUAAUGGAGUACCUGCCAUAUGGCAGUCUGAGAGAUUAUCUCAGCAAGAACCGAGCCAGGAUUGAUCACAAGAAGCUUGUACAUUACGCCUCUCAAAUAUGCAAGGGCAUGGAGUACCUUGCAUACAAACGGUACAUUCAUCGAGAUCUGGCUACUCGAAACAUCUUGGUGGAGAGUGAGUCUCAGGUAAAAAUUGGUGACUUUGGCUUGACUAAGGUUUUGCCUCAGGACAAAGAAUACUACAAGGUCAAAGAGCCAGGAGAAAGUCCAAUAUUCUGGUAUGCCCCCGAAUCCUUAACAGAAAGCAAGUUUUCCGUGGCAUCAGACGUCUGGAGUUACGGUGUUGUUCUGUAUGAACUCUUCACACACAGUGACAAGCUCUGUAGCCCCCCUACAGUGUUUAUGAGCAUGAUGGGAGGAGACAAGCAUGGCCAGACAAUAGUGUAUCAUCUCAUUGAACUGCUGAAAAAAGGGAACCGCUUACCUCAGCCAGUGGGUUGCCCCUCAGAGAUGUAUGAGAUAAUGCAGGAAUGUUGGGAUAACGAUGCGACCUUUCGUCCAGCCUUUAAGGAGCUUGCUCUGCGCGUCGACUUGUUUCGAGACAGCAGUGAUUCAGACCUAUACACCCAAGUGCCUCCAUUUUAAGAGAGAAACACUUUGCUUUGUUCUAAUAACUGCCUUGAAGAUCAUCAGCACCAUGUCGUUAAUCAGGACCUCCAUCAUCACUCUCCUUGCUUUUCAGUGUGCCAUCUUGGCAAACCUCAUUAAGGACUUGGAACUUCUACCAGCCUUUAAGCAACUAUGUUUUGGUUUGCUUUUUCCCCCUCUUAACACCCCGUUGCUAGCAGUGCUAGCAUAUUUCCUUACCAUGAAGAACUGUGAAAGGAAGAAUGCACACGCAAUUGCGUUCUUUUUAUAUAUGUUUUUAUGUACAUAUAAUAAAUAAAGAUUUUUAUAAUUUUAUAAAAAUGAAAGAUGAAUGCAAUUCUGACUAUAUUUGGACUAUUAAUUAUUAGCAGUGAAAUAUGAAAUGAAGAAAGAUAUAUAAUGUUUAUAGCUUUCCAUCGUCAUGCAGGUGGCUGUCUAAUUAAAAUCAUAUAUUAAAUAUA